GCGUGACGUGUAAGCGGACACCACCAUGGCCACGCAGGAACCGUCCCCUCCUUCGUCCAUGGAGAGCAAUAAACCCGGCUUCCCCAAGAAGAUCCUGGGCAACAAGCUGGAGGACAAGCACCUGUGCAACUGCUGCCACAACAUACUCCGACGGCCGUUCCAAGCCCAGUGCGGACAUCGCUUCUGCUCCUACUGCUUCAACAGGACUGUGAGUAACGGACCCCAGAAAUGCAACGCCUGCAUUAAAGAGGAUAUUUUUGAGGAGCCCACAUCGAUUUUGAAACAAGGAUGUGCUUUUCCUGACAAUGCAGUUCGAAGGGAAGUUGAACACCUUUCAGCUGUUUGUAUCAAUGAGAACUGCACUUGGAAAGGCAGCAUUAAAGAGUACGAGAUGAACCACGAGGGGAAGUGCGAGUUCAUGAUCAUCCCCUGCCCCUCCUGCAAAGAGCGAAUUCGCUUCAACGAACAGGAGCGCCACAACGAGCGAGAGUGCCCGGAGAGGACGCUCAACUGCAAGUACUGCAAGGAGCCAUUUCACUUCAAAAACAUCAAGGCACAUGAUGAGAUCUGUCCCAAGUACCCGAUGAUCUGUGAAGGCUGUGCCAAGAAGAAAAUCCCCAGAGAAAAGUAUGUGGAUCACAUUAAAUUCUGCAGCAAAUUCAGAACUCCGUGUCGCUUUCAUGUCGUGGGAUGUGAUAUGUCUGUGGAAAAGGAGAAGAUUCAUGACCACGAGCGCGCCUAUGCCUACGAGCACCUCAAUCUGUUGCUGCACUACAUUAUGGGCAUGAAAGUGAGCAUGGAGGGCCUGCAGCCCCAGGGACUGGAACUAGCCGGACACAAACUGGUGGAGCUCCAACAGUCCCUCAGGGAGCUCGAGGCCAGAGUCUCCCAGCUUAGCACCACCUCCUCUGGGCCUCCCGUGCAGGGAGCCGCCGCCGCCGCCGCCGCCUCCUCCUCAUCCUCCAGCUCCGGUCCUCCUGGUCCACCCGCUUCAGCUCCGCUCCCUCCGCCGCCCACUCUGGCUCCCACUCUGUCCGUGUCCACCUCCUUCACGCCCCUGCCCAGCUCGGUGGGGGCGGCGCUGGAGCUUCAACUUCACAGCGAGAAGACGAAGGUGGCCGAGCUCGGUCGCAGGUGUACGGAACUCGAAGUCAAAGCCGGCACGUUUGAAAAUGUGGUGUGCGUCCUGAACCGAGAGGUGGAGAGGUUUGCCACCACCAUGGAAGCCAGCAACCGUCAGCACAAACUGGACCAGGAUAAGAUCGAGGCUCUGACUAAUAAGGUGCGACAGCUGGAGAGGACCGUGGGGCUGAAGGACCUCACUGUUGCUGAGAUGGAGGGCCGGCUGAGGGAAAUGUCCGCCACUACCUUUGAUGGCGUCUUUGUCUGGAGGAUCUCUGAUUUUGCCAAAAAGAGACAAGAUGCCAUUGCAGGUCGAGCCCCUGCCAUGUUUUCACCAGCCUUCUACACCAGUAAGUACGGCUAUAAGAUGUGUCUGCGGAUCUACCUGAACGGAGAUGGGACAGGGCGUGGCAGCCACUUGUCCCUGUUCUUUGUGGUGAUGAGAGGACUGAGUGACGCUCUGCUCAAAUGGCCUUUCAACCAGAAGGUGACUCUGAUGCUGCUGGACCAGAGCAACCGUGAGCACAUCAUCGACGCCUUCCGACCGGACGUCACUUCCUCUUCCUUCCAGCGACCCGUGAGCGAGAUGAACAUCGCCAGCGGCUGUCCGCUCUUCUGCCCGCUCUCCAAGCUCGAUGCCAAGAACUCUUACAUCCGCGACGACACCAUCUUCAUCAAGGCGAUCGUGGACCUCACCGGCCUCUAGGCGACCUCCGCGCUGUGGGAGGGGGGCGGUUGGUACAGUUUUGGGGCGAAACCAGGCAGCUCUUGCGACCAUUAAGGCUUUAUUUCGGCUCAAUAGUGGUUCGCUGUUCGGGCAUCUUAAUGUCCCCCUUGAGCUUUAGGGAGACUGUCUGCUGCGUGCGGCCGCAGUUUGCUGCGUCCAGGCGGCGCCGGCAUCGCCAUAUCCGGUGGUCUGUCUUCAUGCGAGAAACCACCGUCAUCGCUGUACAUUUUUGUGGGUGCAAAACCUUUUUUCUUUGACAUCGUUUCAGACAACGCAGCAACGCCGUUGCAGCGUGGUCAGCACAGGCGUUGAGUGAAAAGAGUGAAUAUCAUCUUUAAUUUAUAUCUCCUGCAGUACGUUUGAAGACUCGGGGAGGAGGGGCGUUAGAAGAGGAUUGUAGAUUACAGAUAGUUGAUGUGAUCAUUCGGAUGUCGCUGUAGAAAGCAGUAGACUUAUAAUAGAGUUAGAGCAUGGCUUUGAUGCAGUUUCUUCUUUUCAUUUUAACCUGCAGAUUGUGGAUAUUGUGAGCUUCUCAAUUCCAGUGUCGAGUGAAUUUGCAUAGACAAACGUGGAGUUAUGUUAUGAAUAAGAUUACAGGCAUUUUUCCUUUUUGCCUUUUUCCUUUCGCGCAUGCCGCCAGGCGUUUCUUUGAGUAUGAAAUUGCUCCUUAUUUUUCGACAUGAAGGUUUCCUCGUUUGUUGUUUGAAACUUGUUAGUGAAUUAGCCAUCUGUGAUGGUGGACAUUGCCUGCAUGUCUUUGGAACCAGGCUAUCUACGUGUAAAAAAAAAAAAAAAAGUUAGUGUUUGCGUAUUUGUUUCCUAUUAAGGGGUCGGUGGUUCUGAUUGGUGGUUUGGUACAUCUGUGGAAGAUACAGUGGAGUUACCAAGGAGUCAGGGCAGCUUGCCAGUUCAAGCCUGAAGCAUAAAAUCAAAACAAAAACCUUACAUUGUCUCUGACAAACAUACAUAGCUGGAGUUAUAUGCUCACUAGCUCACAUCUCAACACAUAGUGCUGUGCCCCACCACAGAUUGAGGUUUACACAGAUUCCACGAAACGAAAGGAAUUGUUUGUUCCUUGUUUUCUGUCCAUACAGUAUACAGUGCAUAUGUGUUUCUGCUGCUCUAAGAUAGAAUACUGAUGUGAAUCUAACAUAUAUAUAUUUAUAUAUAUAUAUGUUGGUGCAAAUAUACAUGAGGUAAAUGUUGAGGUUGAAAGGCUGAAAUAAGAUACUAGAGAUUGUUCGUUGUCGGCCAUUAUUGACAUUAUUUAUUGCAGAUUGGUGUUUUAAUGUGCUCUCACCACACAAAUCUACAUUAUGUCUGCUUUUUAGAGUAGUUUUUCUACGUGUCCACCAGAGAUCGCUGUUGUACUUUACUUAGCAUGCAUGCUGAGGUUUUUUUUUUUUAAACGGUUCACGUUGGCCUGUUUUGAAAAACCAGUCUCGACCUGUGUUGAAACCUCUCUGUGCAUGGGAGGCUUCAAUCCACACUCGCUAUGGAGUUUCACAUCGGUUUACUCCGUGAGCCACGUGUGAAAAAGCAUUUAUUUGUAUUCGUUUGGAUGAAAACGUAAUCAUAGAAUAGUUAUUAUGUUAUAACUGGCGCUGCGUCUGUUCAACAGAGGCACCCGCCUAUAUUCAUAGCAAUUUAUAAAUAUGUAUCUUUCAUAUCAUAAUGUUGAAAUAAUCUAUAUAUCAAUGUUAAUAUACACAAGAUGUUAUAAUAAACAUAGUAUUACUGAAUACCUUAUUAAUUCUAUAUCUAUAUACCAACUUUUUCUUUGUCAAGAUGGUUUGAACAGGCCAGGACGACCCCCCCGCCGUGCAGUAUAAGGACUUAUGAUUCCUUCUAGAGUGCAAUAUAUGAUUACGUCUGUUAGAUUUUUGAUGACACCUCGGCUUUAAGGGUUUACAGAAGUCACACUCGACUUAUUUGUUUACAUUACUCAUCAUGGCGAACAAUUUUUUUAACUUUUCAAGGAAAAACUGGAGCUUUUCCUUCUCAUUGAGCAUCACUGGACAUCACUAACAUGGAGAAGUCUCUAGUCGGUCGCCCUGUUCGCAGCUACGUCGUGAGCUAAUGUUUGUUUUUAUUUAUUAUUAAAGAAAGACCAUUUUAAUGUUGAGGAAUUCAUGCUAUAAGUGUGGGGGGGGGGGUUUAUAUUCGUAACUUUUCCACGAAGGCGGAGCAUGUAACGAACGGGAUGAACUUUUAAAAAAAACCUUGGGUGUUCUUGUAAUGUGCCAAAAUCCAAGUAUUACCUCCAUAUUACUAACAACGUUGUAUUGCAAGUUGUAUUUUUAUGUUUCUAUGCUAAAAUAUUGGUGCCAAAUAUGUUUAUAAUUAAGUUGCGUGUGUGUGUAUAUGUGUGCGUGUGUGCCAUUUUAAUACGAUGCAUUGGUCACUACGUCUGUGAGGACCAGAGAUAAUUAAUACUGUCCCAUGACAAUUACAGACCCUCCCAAGGUUGUUUUGAAUGUAAGCUUUAAUUCAUUUUGGUUUUUUUCUUCUUAAGAAACACAACAGCAGUUCAGUAAUGUGAUGCAGUCGACUUGAACCAACUUUAUUUGUGCACUUUGUACUGGUUGUUUGUCAAAAACAGGGUAUUUUGUUGAGUGAUUUACGUACCUUGAAAUCAGAGCCAUAUAUAUUCUGAUGUUGAUAAUUGAUGUAUUUAUGCUGAAAAGGACAUGCAGUAUGUAAUAAAGUAGCUGGUUUCUGCUUU